CGCCGAAAAAACUUCAGCGCGUCAGCAAAAACAACACGGAGAGAGGGAGUGAACUUAUGAGUGUGUGGAUGGUGGCAGUCAUAUUUUGAAGAAAACAUAAUAAUAAUUUUCCACCUACCCCCUGUGAGCCGUUUCAAUUCAGCCGAGAGCUGUCUGGCGUCUCUCCGGCAGUUCAGUAGAUGUCCACCCCCUCAGACACGCCAGGUGGUAUGUCCCAUCCUGGCCCUUCCCCGGGCGCGGGUCUCUCCCCGGGGCCCAUCUUGGGCCCCAGCCCUGGACCGGACCCUUCACCGGGCUCUGUCCACAGCAUGAUGGGACCCAGUCCCGGACCUGGAACACCCAAUGCACCUCACGGCAUGCAGGGCCAAGGCCAGGGCGAAUACUCUCAGGACGGCAUGUAUCCUAUGCACAAGCCCAUGGAGGGGAUGAGUGACAAGACGAUGGCAGACGCAAUGCACUUUGGUCAUAUGAAGGGUGUGGGGAUGAGAUCUCUGCACAGCGGGAUGGGGCCUCCACAGAGUCCCAUGGACCAGCACAGCCAAGGAUACAUGUCGCCCCAUCCGUCCCCCAUGGGUGUCCACGAGCAUGCUUCCAGCCCCAUGUCUGGAGGCGGAGGUGGGGGACCCACGCCGCCCCACAUGCCUCCCACACAGUCGGGCCCCAUGAUGCCCAUGGAUCCCCAGGUGGGCAUGGCCAACAUGUCGAGCAUGAGCCAACCGGGGCGAGGACCCUCUGCUUUCAGCCCCGUCCAGCUGCAGCAGCUCAGAGCGCAGAUCCUGGCCUACAAGAUCCUGGGCCGGGGGCAACCGCUGCCCGAAAACCUCCAGCUGGCUGUGCAGGGCAAGAGGAGCCUACCCACAAUGCAACAGCAGCCGCCGCAGCAACAACAACAGCAACAACAGCAACAACAGCCACAGCAGCCUGCACCCAGUGCUAGUCCUUACAACAGGCCUCCAGGGAUGGCAAUGGCACCUUUAGGUGGACCCCAGUCAAGUCCCUGCCCGACCCCAGCUAUGCAAGGACACAAUCAAAGCACAGCACCCAAGCCUUGGUCCGAUGGUCAGGGCGGUGAAAAUCAAGCCAGCGCUCAGAAACACCUCACCCCUGCCUCCAGUGGACGCCCGUCUCCCGCACCCCCGCAGGCCACAGCUGUACCGCCGGGGCCCUUGCCGGGCGGCUCGGUGGCCCCACAGCCUCCUGGACAACAGGUGUCCCCCAUGCUGCAGAUGCAGCAGAAGCAGAACCGGGUCACGCCGAUCCAGAAGCCCCAAGGCUUGGACCCAGUGGGAAUCCUUCAGGAGCGAGAGUACAGAUUGCAGGCUCGGAUCGCUCAUCGUAUCCAGGAGCUGGAGAGUCUGCCGGGCUCCCUGCCCCCCGACCUGAGGACUAAAGCCACGGUGGAGCUCAAAGCGCUGCGUCUGCUCAACUUCCAGCGGCAGCUGAGGCAGGACGUGGUGGCGUGCAUGCGGCGGGACACGACCCUGGAGACCGCCCUCAACUCAAAGGCCUACCGACGCAGCAAGCGGCAGACGCUGAGGGAGGCGCGCAUGACCGAGAAGCUGGAGAAGCAGCAGAAGCUGGAGCAGGAAAAGAAGCGCAGGCAGAAACAUCAGGAAUAUCUCAACAGCAUCCUUCAGCAUGCAAAGGACUUCAAAGAGUACCACCGCUCGGUGUCCGGUAAGACCCAGAAGCUCACCAGAGCCGUCGCCAACUGGCACACCAACACGGAGCGGGAGCAGAAGAAGGAGACGGAGAGAAUCGAGAAGGAGAGGAUGAGGAGGCUGAUGGCGGAAGACGAGGAAGGCUACAGAAAGCUCAUCGACCAGAAGAAGGACAAGCGCCUGGCCUACUUGCUGCAGCAGACGGACGAAUACGUGGCCAACCUCACCACGCUCGUGUACGAGCACAAAGCAGCCCAGGCUGCCAAGGAGAAGAAGAAGAAGAAGAAGAAAAAGAAGAAGGUGGACGGAGACGGCGAAGGCACCAGCGCCAUUGGACCUGACGGAGAGCCUAUGGACGAGAGCAGCCAGAUGAGUGAGCUGCCAGUCAAAGUGAUUCAGACGGAGACCGGGAAAGUUCUGCAGGGGACGGAAGCUCCCAAAUCCAGCCAGCUGGAGGCCUGGCUCGAGAUGAACCCUGGGUACGAAGUAGCCCCGCGGUCAGACAGCGAGGAGAGCAGCUCCGAGUUUGAGGAGGAGGAGGACGACGAGGCGGCCAAGGCUGAGCAAGAGGAGACGAAGAUAAUCGAUCCCAAUGGAAACAAAGUGUCUGUGAAGGCUGCGCAGCACAUCAUCGAGUCUGUCAAGCAGGACGUGGACGAUGAAUACAGCGUUCCCACUGGAGAGACCAGUGAAACCCACUCUUACUACGGCGUGGCCCACGCCGUCAUCGAGAGAGUGGAGAAGCAGUCGUCCCUGCUGAUUAACGGCAUGCUCAAACAUUACCAGGUCCAGGGGCUGGAGUGGAUGGUCUCCCUGUACAACAACAAUCUCAACGGCAUCCUGGCUGACGAGAUGGGCCUCGGCAAAACCAUCCAGACCAUCGCCCUCAUCACCUACCUGAUGGAGAUGAAGAGGCUCAACGGGCCCUAUCUCAUCAUUGUCCCUCUCUCGACCUUGUCCAACUGGGUCUAUGAACUUGACAAGUGGGCACCGUCUGUUGUGAAGAUUUCUUACAAGGGCACCCCUGGUUUGCGCCGUGGGCUCGUACCGCAGCUCCGCAGCGGGAAGUUCAAUGUCCUGCUGACCACCUACGAGUACAUCAUUAAGGACAAGCACAUACUGGCCAAGAUUCGCUGGAAGUACAUGAUCGUGGACGAGGGUCACCGCAUGAAGAACCACCACUGCAAGUUGACCCAGGUGCUGAACACCCACUACGUGGCCCCGCGACGUCUCCUGCUCACCGGCACGCCGCUGCAGAACAAACUCCCCGAGCUGUGGGCUCUGCUCAACUUCCUGCUGCCCACCAUCUUCAAGAGCUGCAGCACCUUCGAGCAGUGGUUCAACGCACCGUUCGCCAUGACAGGAGAGAGGGUUGACCUAAACGAGGAGGAGACCAUCCUGAUCAUUCGGCGUCUGCACAAGGUGCUCCGCCCCUUCCUGCUGCGCAGACUGAAGAAGGAGGUGGAGUCGCAGCUGCCAGAGAAGGUGGAGUAUGUCAUCAAAUGUGACAUGUCUGCCAUACAGAAGGUUUUGUAUCGCCACAUGCAGAAGGGCAUCCUCCUCACCGACGGCUCGGAGAAAGACAAGAAGGGCAAAGGAGGCGCGAAGACCCUGAUGAACACCAUCAUGCAGCUGAAGAAGAUCUGCAACCACCCGUACAUGUUCCAGCACAUUGAGGAAUCUUUUGCUGAGCACUUGGGAUAUCCAAACGGCAUAAUCAGCGGGCCCGAUCUGUAUCGAGCUUCAGGGAAGUUUGAGCUCUUGGAUCGUAUCCUGCCGAAGCUCCACGCCACCGGCCACAGAGUCCUGCUCUUCUGCCAGAUGACCACUCUCAUGACGAUCAUGGAGGACUACUUCGGCUACCGCAACUUUCUAUACUUGCGUCUCGACGGAACCACCAAGUCGGAGGACCGAGCGGCACUGCUGAAGAAAUUUAAUGAGGAAGGAUCUCAGUUCUUCAUCUUCCUGCUCAGUACACGAGCCGGUGGCCUCGGCCUGAACCUGCAGGCUGCUGACACCGUCGUCAUCUUCGACAGUGACUGGAACCCCCACCAGGACCUCCAGGCUCAGGACCGCGCCCACCGCAUCGGGCAGCAGAACGAAGUGCGCGUGCUGCGCCUGUGCUCCGUCAACAGCGUGGAGGAGAAGAUCCUGGCGGCUGCCAAGUACAAGCUGAACGUGGACCAGAAGGUGAUACAGGCGGGCAUGUUCGACCAGAAGUCCUCGGGCCACGAGCGCCGCGUCUUCCUCCAGGCCAUCUUAGAGCACGAGGAGCAGAACGAGGAGGAAGACGAGGUGCCUGACGAUGAAACCCUCAACCAGAUGAUAGCACGCAAUGAAGAUGAAUUUGAGCUCUUUAUGCGCAUGGACAUGGACAGGCGGCGGGAGGACGCCAGAAACCCGAAGCGCAAGCCCCGCCUGAUGGAGGAGGACGAGCUGCCGUCGUGGAUCAUCAAAGACGACGACGAGGUGGAGCGGCUCACGUACGAGGAGGAGAAGGAGAAGCUGUUCGGCCGAGGGUCGCGCUGCCGCCGGGACGUGGACUACAGCGACACACUGACAGAGAAGCAGUGGCUCCGGGCCAUCGAGGACGGAAACCUGGAGGAGAUGGAGGAGGAGAUCCGCCUGAAAAAGCGCAAACGCAAGCGGCGACAAGACAAGGACUCGUCGAGCAGAGACGACGGAGGCGGCGGCGGCAGCAGCAGCAAGGGCAAGAAGCGACGCGGACGUCCGCCGGCCGAGAAGCUCUCGCCCAACACCCCUAAGCUCACCAAGCAAAUGAACACCAUCAUCGACACGGUGAUCAACUACAGAGACGGGGCAGGAAGACAACUGAGCGAGGUCUUUGUCCAGCUUCCGUCCAGGAAGGAGCUCCCGGAAUAUUACGAGCUGAUCAGGAAACCUGUCGACUUCAAAAAGAUCAAGGAACGUGUGAGAAGUCAUAAAUACAGGAACAUGGGAGACCUGGAGAAGGAUGUGAUGCUGCUCUGUCACAAUGCCCAGACCUUCAACCUGGAGGGAUCCCAGGUCAGAAACCCAAUAUACGAAGACUCCAUCGUCCUUCAGUCCGUUUUCAAAAGUGCCAGGCAGAAGAUUGCCAAGGACGAAGAGAGCGACGACGACAGCGAGGAUGACGACGAGGACGACGACGAGGAUGAGUCGGAGGCCGAGGCCAAGUCGGUGCGAGUCAAGAUCAAGCUGAGCAAGGAGGGGCGGAGCCACGACAAAGGCAAGAAGAGGCAGAGCCGAGGGAAGGCCAAGCCGGUGGUCAGCGACGACGACAGCGACGAGGACCAGGACGAUAAUGAUCAGUCGGACAGGAGCAAGAGCGAUGACGAGUGAGAUGGGCAUGCGAGGAACGUGAGGAUAUUGUUUAUGGCGCUUAUAAACAAAAGGACAAUAUCUUCCAUCGGUUGUUCACUUGCAUAUUUCUCUGGGGUUUUUUUCUUUUCUUUUUUUCUAUUUUACAUCAUUUGUCCUCCUUGUCCGUCUGUAGCGCGUCGCCGUCCUUCCUCCCACCAGCUUAGAAAUGUAUUACUAAUAAUCGAUAAGCUACAGCAAUACCAAUCUGCUAAUAUUCCUGUUUUUAAGACAAUUUUGUAGUAUAUUUUUUAACUCUGCGCUUCGACUGAGAUUUCAAUUCUGUAUGAAAAAUUAGAUUUGGUUAAGCAACACGCGCUUUUUUUUGCUUUAUUUGUACUCGCUUGCAUGCACUUUUAGAAGAUUAAAUCUUAAUCUCCACGUUUAAAAAAAUAAUAAUAUGUAUAUGUAUAGCCAAGGACAUCCAAGUCAAGUUGGAGUGCCACUGGUGAAUAAAUGGCAAUCAAAUUUUUAAACUUUUUAUUGUUUCACCUUGUGAGGUGCCAAAUGUAGAGAAGAUGGUCGGCUAAACCCCGAUCACAAGAUUGUUGCUCAGCAACCGUAGCUAGGUGUCAGGCCCGUCCAGCUGUAAGCACUCGGGUUUAUUAGUUACUUCCUACAGUCGUAGCGAGAGCUGAGACGAUGAAACUAAUCAGCAGCUGUUUUGAUCAUGAAACAAAAAUUCCAGCCUCUUCAAUUAGAAGAUUGGUGCGAAAAAUUAGCUUUUUGUCUGGGGGUGAAUUGGAUACGCCACUUUAGCGUCAGGCUUUUAGCGCGAUAUCAUGUUUGUAGCCAUCAAGUCUUUAUUAAAGACCCCUUUUUAAAAAAGAUUCUCACGUUAAAAACAAAUCAUCUAUUAACUUUAGAAAGUCAGCUAGAGACGGCGAUGAAUCAAGUCAAGGAGAAAUUGUGAAAGUUUAUCUCACUAUUUUUGCUUAAUACAAGCAAAACGUUUAAUCCAUUUAUUUUUUAUGUUCUUUUUGCAGAUUGACUAAUUCAUUAAUCGGCUUAUCAUCUCAGCUCUGGACCACUUGUUUCAAUAAUUCCUCUAAAUUUCAAACGCUACAUCAGAUGUAGGUUUUAGCAAACGGUCCAGUUGUGAGACAACUGGAUUCAGAGAGUUCAGACAAAACCCCCCCAAAAGUUUUUUUGUUUUUCCUGAUGAUUCACAGAUUAAUUUGAAAUGACUAUAAAUGCCAAAUACUUCUUAAAUUGGUUCUAUUAAAAAUAAUUGUAAGCUAAAAUUAUAGAGGCGGUGCAAGCUUUGAAUUUUGUUUAUAAUAAUUUUUUUUCUCCGCACAGAAAGGCAUUUUUUUCUGCAGAUUCACGUUGUAACAUCUUGUUUUGUUAAAAACUAUAUUCAUUAAGCAUCGAUCGCCGCAGUAAAUGUGUGAUUACAUGUUACGUGACGAAGUCCCGUCGCAGCAAACAGAUUUUUAGGUCUCAUGGAUUUUCUUUUUGUGAUUAUAAAAAAAAAAACGGUAGACAAAAUGAAACAGUAUUAAGGAUUUUUUAAAGAAAAAUCAUUGAAUAUAACGGUAUAUUUUAAACAAUGUAUUGAUUUAUACAUUUGGAUUGAUGUGUUUGUGUUGCCCGUGUGUUUUCGUUUUUGAGCCUUCACUCGUACGUCGUCUGUUGCAUGAACUCUUUUGGCUGUAAACCGUGUACAUGCAGAUAUAUCAGUUGUGUUCAUGUGCUUUGCCGACUCUCCGUAAGUGUGACUUCAUCUUUGCUUUCUUUGCACAGUGUCUUUGUGGUUGUAUAUCAAAGCCCGGGGCAAAUAAAAUCUCACAGAUUUUCAGCACAAUAAA